AGUGUUUCGCGAGCGGUGCUAAUUGAAAGCAGAACUGGCGUUGCAAUGACGAUCAGUUCGAUUUUGUAACUAUAACUGUUAACGUCGGACGAAAACAAAGCAGCUAUUUUUAGUUGUGUUAUAUUUUCUGGUUUCCUACAUUUUGUUGUUGAUUUGUUUUGUAUCCGCUAUCAAUGUUUUCUAGAUAAAAAAUAACAUAGUCGGAGCGGAAAAAGGUGUUAAGUUCGCUCAUUACGCAGCUGAUUCGCUCAUUACGCAGCUGAACAUGGCGAACACUCCCAACAUUGUUGUGAAGACGACAAGCGGCCCCGUUGUGGGCAAGUGUUGUACGAGCAUUUAUAAUGACACAUACACCAGCUUUGAGCGCAUUCCAUAUGCACGUCCCCCACUCGGCGCACUGCGCUUCAAAGCGCCCGAGCCGGUGCAGCCCUGGAAGUCGCCACUGCUCUGCCGGGAGAAGGGUGAAAAGCCAUUACAGUUUAAUAUGUACACAAAGCAAGUCGAGGGCGUUGAGAAUUGCCUGUACCUAAAUGUAUAUGUCAAGUCGUUCGAGACAGAAAAUCCGUUGCCGAUGAUUGUGUUCUUCUUUGGCGGUGGCUUUGAGAAGGGCGAUCCCACAAGGGAUCUGCACAGUCCCGACUAUUUAAUGAUGCGCGAUGUGGUUGUGGUGACGGUGUCGUAUCGCGUGGGAGCCUUGGGUUUUCUCAGCCUCGAAGAUCCCGCUGCUGGUGUGCCGGGCAAUGCGGGUCUCAAAGAUCAGUUGAUGGCAUUGAAAUGGAUUACACAGAAUGCGGACAGAUUCAAUGCGGAUGCCAUGAAUGUAACUGCAUUUGGGGAAAGUGCUGGAGCCGCAUCAGUGCAUUAUCUAAUGAUUAAUCCCCGCGCCAGUGGACUCUUCCAAAAGGCCAUUCUGCAGUCGGGCAAUGUGCUGUGCUGCUUUGCCCAGUGCACGGUGCCCAAUACAGCGAGACGUCUUGCAGAAAUAUUGCGAAUGCCGAAUCUGAAGCAGGCCACCGAUAUUAAGAUCCUGGAAUUUCUACAGAAAGUUUCGGGCGAACAGCUGGUUGAGCCGUAUUUUUUGAAUGAAUCCGAUAAUCUGAAUGAUUGUAUAUAUCAAUUUGGGCCAGUUGUCGAGCCGUAUGCCACCGAGCACUGUGUAAUACCUAAACAGCCCAGCGAGAUGCUGGCCGAUGCUUGGAGCAACAAUAUACCGCUGUUGAUGAGCGGCACCUCCAACGAGGGUCUCGUGAUGUACGCUCGCGUACACUUAUCGCCUUUUCUACUCACUAGACUCAAGACAGAACCGGAGCAUUUGUUGCCGCUAGAGCUGAAGCGGUCGCUGCCCCACACUACAGUUCGCACUCUGGCGAAACGUAUACAAUUUUUGCAUUUUCGGGACAGCUCCUUCGAGCUGGAGCCGGAUAGUGUGGCCGCCUAUUGCGAGUACACCAGUUACAAGGUCUUCUGGCAUCCCAUACUACGCACAGCAAACUCACGCCUAAAACACGCCACGGCACCCACUUAUCUAUAUCGGUUCGACUUCGAUUCGGCCACGUUCAACCACCAGAGAUUGAAGUACUGCGGCGAUAAGGUGCGUGGCGUAUCGCAUGUGGAUGAUCGUUCCUAUAUUUGGUAUGGAGAUUUCUCCUGGAAGCUGGACAAGCACACCGCAGAGUUCCAAACCAUUGAACGCAUGAUUGAUAUACUAACUGCAUUCGCCAGCACUUCGGAUCCCAACUGCGAUAGCGUUAAGUCCAAUUUGUCAAAAGGCAACACUUGGGCGCCUUUAUCUAAGAAAAAUUUAAAGUGCUUGAACAUUUCGGAAGACAUGAAGGUAGUCGAUUUACCCGAAAUGACCAAGCUGCGUGUUUGGGAUACCGUUUACAAGGAGCAAGCAUAAUUUACCAUUAACUUGAUUCAUGAACAAAACUCAACAAUUGUAAUAAUUAUGAACGAAAUUCAAAAAUAAUCAAACAUUGAUAUAAAAUUAAUGUAAAAUCUAUUUUAAAUAUUUGUAAUUGUUCUAAUCUAUAAUGCACUGAAGUAAAUUGAAUAAAGGCGGUAAAAAAAAGUCAACAAAAAAAGAAAUAAAAAAAAAGGAUAGGGUAUUAUCAUAGUAUUGUAUAUAUAGUUGUUGGCAGCAGCAGCAAAGACAUUUAAUUGAUUAUGAGUUGUUAACAUGUUUGAAUUGGGAGCUCUGCGGGGCUUAAUAUAAAUUGCUUAUUGUUAGUCUUAAUUAUAUAUCCACAUUAUGUUAAACGCAGUUUGAGCUUCAGCUGCUCUCAUUGUACAGCGCCCUUAUUGCGCAACGCUAUUUUCUCUCUCUCUCUCUCUCUCUCUCUCUCUCUCUCUAUAAAGGGCGUUCGCUGAACGGCUGACUGCUGCAGCUAAUUAGUUGUUUCGCAUAGCUCUAACUUAUCGGUCUGUUUUAGUUAAACUUGUUGUGAAAAGGUUUAGCAAGUGGCUUCAAACCUUUAAUAAGCAAACUAUUGUUGAAAGACUAACCUCUGGGUUCUAGUCUAAAUAUUUUAAAUAAAGUUUAUAGC